CCGCCCAGCAUCCUCUCAGUUUUCAAACACUGCUUACCGAGACAAAAAUACGGCGUCUGGUUGCUCUGACCUUAUCGGGAAAACCUGCUUCAGAUAUUUUUCUUUUGUUGUUAUUUUUGUGUGUUUAAUUUUGAGCCAACUUCAACCAACUAGAGCACUUGAAAGCUCUGCUAUGGCAAAGGGAGAAGGAGCUGAACAAUACUCCAACGCCAGUUUGUUGAACAAAUCGGACAGCACGGAUGGGUUUAAGCUAGCAAGAAAGCAUGAGCACAAGUUGUCCGUCUGGAACAAGGUAUGCUACGCAAUCGGCGGCGCACCCUAUCAGGUGACAGGAUGUGCCCUGGGCUUCUUUCUCCAGCUCUAUCUGCUUGAUGUAGCUCAGCUGGAUCCUUUCCUUGCCUCCAUCGUCUUGUUUGCUGGCCGGGCUUGGGACGCCGUAACGGACCCCACAGUGGGUUUCCUGGUCUCCAGAAGCCCAUGGACACGUAUCGGACGCAUGCUACCCUGGAUCUUAAUCUCGACCCCUCUGGCUGUGCUUUCUUAUUUCCUCAUAUGGUACGUUCCUCCCUUUGAAAAUGGCAAAGUCGUCUGGUACAUCUUCUUCUACUGCCUCUUCCAGACUCUCCAAACUUGUUUCCACGUGCCGUACUCUGCCCUCACCAUGUUCAUCAGCUCGGAGCAGAAAGAGCGGGACUCUGCCACGGCCUACAGGAUGACGGUGGAGGUUUUGGGCACCGUGCUCGGCACCGCCAUCCAGGGACAGAUCGUGGGCUCGGCCAACGCUCCCUGCCUCCCCGGACCCGGUGAGAUCCUGGCAGACCUGAGCAACGGCUCGUUCGCCGAACACAACGUGUCGGAUCACGCCUUUUCCCUGCAGCACACGAAAAACGCCUACAUGAUCGCCUCUGGUGUCAUCUGCUUGAUCUACGUGCUCUGUGCCGCCGUCCUGUUUUUUGGAGUGAGAGAACAAAAGGAGUCGUCUCAGAUCAGGACGGAGCCCAUGCCCUUCUUUCAGGGGAUUAAGCUGGUGAUGGGGCACGGACCCUAUGCCAAGCUGGUCAUGGUCUUCCUCUUUACCUCACUGGGUUUUAUGCUCCUGGAGGGAAACUUCGCUCUGUUCUGCAGCUCCACGCUGGGUUUCAGAAAGGACUUCCAGAAUAUUCUGCUGGUCAUCAUGCUCUCGGCUACAAUAGCCGUCCCCUUCUGGCAGUGGUUCUUGACCCGCUUCGGGAAGAAGAUGUCUGUUUUCGUUGGCUCCGUGUCUGUUAUUCCUUUCCUGAUCCUGGUGGUGUGUAUAAAGAGUAACCUGUACGUCACCUACAUCGUCUCGUUCAUCGCUGGGGUUGGAGUGGCUUCAGCUUUCCUGCUGCCCUGGUCCAUGCUGCCUGACGUUCUGGACGAUUUCAAAGUGCAAAACCCCGAAUCCACCGGCCACGAAGCCCUCUUCUACUCCUUCUACGUUUUCUUCACCAAGUUUGCUUCUGGAGUCUCUCUGGGCGUCUCCACUCUGAGUUUAGAUUUUGCAGGAUACAUCAGCAGAGGUUGCACCCAGCCUAAAGAAGUGGACCUAACCUUGAAGUUGCUGGUCUCAGCUGCGCCCGUCGCCUUCAUCAUCUUUGGCCUGUGUAUCCUGUACUCCUAUCCCAUCGAUGAAGAGAGGCGGCAAUACAACCACAAAAUGUUACAAGAAAUGAGGGAAAGCGAGGCUGACUCCGAGUCGGAGACGACGGAAAUCUCCAACGUGAUCUAGCACAUUGUAGACCAAUGGGUUGAUCAACUGGCACUUUGCACUAGGCGGGACCAAAGGACCCGGUGCCCGUCGGACCGUACAGACGCUGCUGCUGUUCGAGACUUGAUCAAUUCAGACUGUGAGCCACGCUGAGGCCUUCCUGAAGACGUCCCACCUCUUUGUUUGUGAUGUUUUCAGUGGCAUGAAACCCACCUGACACCUCGCCGAGCCUUACUUUUUUGUAUAACACACUACUGUUUAGUACUGCAAAAAAAGAAGUGUUUGCUUUGAAAGGUUGGGCUCAGCUGAAAUUGCACAAAACUGACAGCAUUAUUGGUGCUUCUUGUUGGAGUUUUUACAGGCUCCACCUUCAUACAUACCACACUGACCAUUAGCAUCCUGCAGCAGCGGGGAAAUUACUUCUGAUUUGUUAAUAUCGUGAGAAACGGCAACACCGCCUUAAUUUCUGUCCUGUUUUGUUUUUCGGUGUUUAAAAUGUUUAAACUGGACAAAGUGUGUGUGUAUUCUGAACAGGUUUUAACGUCGUACAAUUUCUCAUCCGUUUACAAAAACAAGUCGGCCAGUUCGUUUCUCUCAUCCCCACCUCACCAGCUCCUGGUUUUAUUUUAACUUGGAUUGCAGUUUGUUUGCACGCAAGUUUAUUAAACCAUUGUGUAAUUGAAAAUGUUUUAUUUAUGCAAGAGCUACUGAAGACAGCAUUACCCGCUGUUGCUUUAAUUUCUUUCGUUUUGAGCAGAAACGGUGACCGGGGCGGGCGCAAUAUUUAAAUAUUUAAUUUGUACAAAUUCAUGUUGGCUGACGUGGUCGUCGUCGCAGUAUUUAAACCUAUUUAGGCGGUUGAGCUCUUUUCAAAAUGAGGAAGAAAAGGUGGAAGUUUUAAAACGCCUCGUUUGUCUUUUAUGGCUUGGAGCCAUCACUACAAUCCUAGCUCUGUCUGCAUUUUUUGUUAAAGGGAAGCAUGUGUUCAUGGUUGGAAAAGUGAAUGGGAGAACUGUGCAAUGAACUUCCUUUUCUUUUUGACUGUUUUAAAAAGAAAUCAUGAGGACACUCUAAUCACCUCUGUCCUUGUCCAGAAACAAAGAGGAUGAGGCAUCUUUCAUAUCUGUUGAUAUGGAAGUGUCCAUGCAGUGUCAUAUGUUAUACAUACGGUUACAUCUUUGACAUGACAACUGAGUUGCCAAUGUGAAAUAGUUUAUUGCAGUCACUUUCUCCCUUUUUCCUACCCUGUAUCCCUUUUUAGAGGAUACUGUACGUUCCAACAUGGUGCUGGUUUCUCUUACUAACCUUGUAAUUAUUGUACAUCCUGUAAAUGUGACCUCUGUUAUUUUGUCGUCGUGUUUUAUGGAUUGUCGUUGCAUUUCCUCGUGACGCAAAGGCUGUGGCCAAAUGUGUGAGCUUUAAAUACCAUGGGCACACAGAAAAGCCUUGUGUACAUGCCUGCGGUGCAUAUGUAAAUACUGUAUGUAAACUUGUAAAUAUCUUUGAUAUUUGUGGCUGCAGGUGAAUGACCCUUGUGUACACUGUACUGUAGUUAUUUAAGGAAAAAAUACUGCGAUGGAAGAUGUGUUAAUAAAAUCUAAUUAGGUGUUCUGUGA